AUGCGGUACUACAAAUCCAGAUUCCCAGAAAUCGAUGAACUAGUAAUGGUUCAAGUCCGACAGAUUGGAGAAAUGGGUGCUUAUGUGAAGCUGCUCGAGUAUGACAACAUAGAAGGCAUGAUUCUGCUUGCAGAGCUCUCAAGGCGGCGAAUCAGGUCAAUCCAAAAGCUCAUACGCGUUGGCCGAAACGAAGUCGUCGUCGUACUCCGAGUAGACAAGGAAAAGGGAUACAUCGAUCUCUCCAAACGCCGAGUGUCUCCAGAAGACAUUGCAAAAUGCGACGAACGAUACACUAAGUCAAAAAUAAUCGCAUCCAUCGUGAGACACGUCGCAUCUCGUACAGCUGCGCCAUCCAGCAAACCCCACGAAGGCGCAGAGGAGGCGCCAGAGGAGACUGCGGCGGUUGCUGGUGUUGACGAUUCGCGUCUAGAGGCUCUGUACGAACAAAUCGUAUGGCCACUCGCAGACAAAUAUGGGCACACGUAUGAUGCUUUCAAGCUCGCCCUUACGGAGCCGGAUACAGUCUUUGCGGGCCUUUCAAUACCUCAGGAAACGCUGGAUGUACUUCUUAAUACUAUCGCUCGGCGACUCACGCCGCAGCCCAUCAAGUUGCGAGCUGAUAUAGAGCUCACCUGCUACACAUCUGGGGGCAUCGAUGCAAUCAAGCGCGCUCUUCGUGCAGGCGAGGCAGUCGGAACAGAGACUGUGCCAAUCAAGGCCAAACUUGUGGCCCCGCCUCUGUAUGUUCUCGGAAGCAAUGCCACUGACAAGACAGCCGCCAUAGAGAGAUUAGAUAGGGCUAUAGAAUGCAUACAGACAUCUAUCGAGGAAGAUGGUGGAUCGCUUGUCGUCAAGAUGAAGCCCAAAGCUAUUUCGGAGACGGAAGAUACGGACCUUGCGGCAAUGAUGGCGGAUGCCGCAAAAGAAAACGCCGAGGUGUCAGGAGAUGACACGGACGAAGAAGGCAUCUAG